UCGAUGCAUCAACUUUGCCGGUGGUGUGUUGAUAUUACUUGCUCUGUGGUGUGUUGUGGCGGCAGUGUUUUUGUUGAUUUAAAUUGUGUUGCAUGUGCCCACUAAUUCUUCUGUAAAUGCUAGUUGGUUCGAUGUGAGAUAACACCCUGAAUAUUUAAUAUUCGAUAAUUAAUUUAACAAUUUGAACAAUAAGCCUCCGAGAUGACACGCAUAGACGUGGUGAUCUUCGGCGCGACGGGCUUCACGGGCAAGCACGCGGUGGUGGAGAUGGCGCGUAUGGCCAACAAGUUCCAACUGUCGUGGGCCAUCGCUGGCAGAUCGCAGAGCAAGCUGGAAGACGUUUUGAGGGAAGCACGGCAGAUUAUCGGCGAAGAAGUAUCAUGCGCAAAGAUAAUCAUAGCGGACGUGAACGACAUGUCAUCUCUCAAGGACAUGUGCUCGCAGGCCCGCGUGUUGGUCAGCUGUUGUGGCCCAUACCGCCACUACGGGGAGCCCGUGGUGCGCGCGGCCAUUGAGUCCAACACGCACUAUGUGGACGUGUCGGGGGAGCCGCAGUUCAUAGAGACAAUGCAACUGAAGUACGACGCUCAGGCGCGCGACGCGGGCGUAUUCGUGAUCAGCGCGUGCGGGUUCGACAGCAUCCCUAAUGAUUUGGGGGUGGUCUUUUUGGAGCAGAACUUUGGGGGUACCCUCAAUUCAGUGGAAUCUUACUUGAGCGCGUCAGGCCCCAAAGGCUCCGGAGUUAUUAACUACGGCACCUGGGAGUCACUUAUUUACGGAAUAACACAUUUGGGCGAAUUACCCGAACUGAGGAAAAAGAUGUACCCCGAGCCAUUACCAACGUUCGAACCGAAACUCAAGUGGAGAUGGUGUCUCCACCGUCGUCUAAACGGUUGGUGCAUCCCAUUCCCCGGCUCGGACCAGUCCGUGAUAUACCGCACGCAGCGCACACUGCUCGGCGCGGAGGGCAAGCGGCCCGUGCACGUGCGCACGUACGUGAAGCUGCCCGCGCUGCUCCACGCGUUGGGGCUGCUCGUGGCUGCUGCACUGCUGUUUGUGAUGACCAGGUCCCGUUGCACCCGCUGGCUGCUCCUCAAGCACCCGCGUCUCUUUUCCCUGGGAUACAUCACCCGGGAGGGCCCCAGCGAGGAGGUGAUCGCCAACACCAAGUUCAGCUUCCACCUGCUGGGGGAGGGCUGGGGCCCCGGGGCCUCCACGGACGGGGCCCCGGAUAAGAAGGUCGCUGUGCGGGUGUCGGGAAUGAACCCGGGAUACGGCGCUACAGUAGUCGCUCUGCUGCUGUCCGCCAUCACCAUCCUCACAGAACGAGACCGCAUGCCGCCGCAAGGAGGAGUGCUUACAACCGGAGUUGCGUUCAGAAACACGAACAUAAUAAAGAAUCUACAAGAACACAAUCUCAAGUUUGAAGUCGUUUCUGAAGAUUUUUAACAAAUUUUCAAGAAAAUUUAUCUUAACUUGACUAAACCAAAUAAAUAAUGAUAGAGCAGGAUAGCUAUAUCAUACCUCUCUAUUUAAGGCUGUUUAACUUAAACAAUUUUGAAAUAUUUUUAUUAAUUUAAUUUUUUUAAGUAAUUUAAUACAAGUUCUCUGUAGUACAGUGGUUAGAGCUUAAAGUAUUUUCUUUCUCUUUCACUUAAAUGAUAUUCGGUAUAGGUGCGAAAGGGACAAGUGACAAAAAAAUUAAUUUAAAAAGUUCCUAAGGGUUUAUAUAUCGUUUCUAUAAUAUGUUCCUAAUUAUUUAUUUGUUGAAUAAGUUUAUAACUAUUUUCAAAAAUAUAUCUUUAGUAGUAGUACAUUCGACAGUAACAACUACGACAUUCCCAAAAUGUAAAGAGCCUGUGUACCGAGCACACGUGUCAGAAGUGAAACUUCUUUGACAUGAUUUAAAGAUACCAAAAUCGUAUUGCCAUGACGCGACCUUGGAAUUUUACUCUCAACGCGCCUAAAGAGGUUUUACUUCAAAAAUAUUGCAAAGUUUUUUUUAUUAUUAUAAGAUCUAUGGAAAGUGCCUUAAAUAAAAAAUUUAGACGUUAUAAGAUAAGGUGAUAUUAAGAAAAGGUGUAUUUUUCUACUGUUAUUCAUUGAAUGUUUUCU